AUGUCUAAGCUUAUUUUCACUCCGUGGAAGACCAAGAGCCAGUUGCUCGAGGUACGGAGCGAGUUUUAUCCGCCGCCUUCUUAUGAUGGUCCGGAUAUGCGCGCUCACGCCUGCGCAACGGUUGAGGCAUGGAAGCUCCGUGGAAAUCUUCCGCACCAUGUCGAGGCGACUGCGUUGUUGACGGAUGCUAUUCUCCACGAUGAUGCGCAGAGAAAUUCCAUCUUUUCUAUCCGAGCGACUUACUCGGCUGCUUUCUGCCGCUUCGUAACGGGUCUCGUCGACACCAAGAUCCACGGACAGCGCAGGACCAUGUUCCAGCGCGCCAUGGACUUGGGGUUGCCCGCGUCCUUUGUCGAGUUGCGCCACGAGGCAACUCACCGCGAGCCGCCGUCACUGGUUGUGCUGCGAAAGGCUUCACAGCGGUCCCUUGAGUGGCUCUGGGACAACCACUGGGCCGCUGUUGAAGACCUGGGUGAUGUUUCUUCAAUUCAGCAUGAUGACAAAGGCUCGGUCAAGAAGGCCUUCCGCGACGUUCUGCGCCAAUUUUCGACCGAAGCUGCCUCAGAUACGCCCUCAAAGAAGCGGAAAAGAGACCACGAAGUCUCCGCUGCGGCUCAGCUUGUAUCUAUCUGCGAUGCGUCGAGUGAGGGUGUUCGGUCUUUGCCUGCUGCUUUACUAGAGCAGUCUAUGUUGAUUGAUCCUGCGCGAGAACUUGGGGAGUCUCUGGAUGAUACAUUCGAUACUUGGGAUGUUGUCGUACAGAAGAUCGCAGAGAGCCAUCCAUCUGUUGUGGUUUACCUGGCUGAAGAGCUUGUUCACAGCUUGGUCUUCGACCCCGCGAGCGAUUCUUCGGAGAGUGCCUACGCUGAAGCACUGUUCCUUUGGCUUCUACAUCUAUUGACAUCACCAGAGUGGGAGUCACAGCAGUCAUUCUUCCCUCGCAGCUACAUUCUCGCAGCCUGCAGUGAAAGCCCCAACCACUGGGCCAAGCUCCUAAGUGAUAGAUUACGGGAGAAAUCCCAGAAGAAGGCAACUUCUAGGGCCAAAGCUCCUGCCCAGAAACGGUCCAAGACAGUGUCAUCUCAGAAUGGCACCGCCAGCCCGGUUGAUGUCGAUCAGAAACUCCGGGAACAUGGAUGGGGUCCCGUGGAGACAUGGGACAGUCGUCCAUUGGGCAUUGCAUCUACCUAG